AUGUCUGGAACCACAACACAGACUCGCACUGCAGGUCGUGGCCGUAGGGGCGGCAGAGGUCGCGGAGGAGCCCGAGGGUCUCAUCGAGACAAGACGGCAGCCAAAUCGCCUAUUGACGAUGCUCAUUCAGAUGCCAGGAAACCAUCGCAGUCUGCUGAGACAGCGGCCUCCCAUGGAGCUCAAUCUGCGGAGGUCGAUGAAGCCGCAGAAUCACAGCCCUCCGUGAUAUUCACCACGUCCCCGGAUAUGUUAUGGUCCUCCUACACACCAGAUCUUAUCCCGUACAAAGACUCAAAGUUAUCUGUAUCAUUCGAGACGCAAGAGAUGAUGGAAGAAACUCUUAUUCUCCUUCGCUUCAAUUGCCCGGACUCAGACUGCGACUAUAUUGGCAACGGUUGGAGUGAUUUGAAGCUACAUACGCGGGCGGCUCAUGGAAAGCUGAUGUGUGACUUAUGUAUUCGCUUCAAGAAGAUCUUUGCGCAUGAGCAUGCUUUGUAUGCGCCAAAUCAGUUGCCUUUGCAUCUGCCGGCUAUGCAGAGGUCUCAUGCGCGCAAUCCCGAUUUCAAAUCGCAAAUUGAGGGUGGGAUCCAUCCAUUGUGUGAAUUUUGUCGGGAAUGCUUCUUCAGCGAUGAUGAAUUGUACACACAUAUGCGAGAAAAGCAUGAAGAAUGCUUCGUCUGCAAGCGUAAUGAAGUCCGGGAUCAAUACUUCCGAAAUUACGAUGCGUUGGAGCAACAUUUUACUCAUGCGCAUUUUCCAUGCAACCAACCUCAUUGUUUGACUCAGAAGUUCGUGGUCUUCGGAUCUGCUUUAGACCUGAAAGCCCACAUGGUAGAGGAGCACGGCGCUGAGAUGUCAACAAGAGAUAAAAAAGACGCUCGGCGCAUUCAGGCAGAAUUCGAGUUCGAGGAGGUUGGAACUGGCAACCGACGAGGCAGGCGGGACAGACGAGAUCGCGAACGCGAAAGAGAGCCUCCUCCUGCACCCAUACCCCCAGGGGUGUCUCGUCCCAACGGCGCUGGAGGUCGGAGACGGGAGGCCUUCAAUGGAAAUCUGACCGUCGAUGGCAGCACUGUAAAUGGGAAUCUUACUACUAACCCGCAUGCCAGCAGGCGACCGUCGCCCUCCCCACCACCUAUCAUUGAGGGAGAUGCAGAGAGGAAUUUUGCCUUGGUAGCGCGCAUUCAAUCUUUGACACCACACGCCAACACUGCUGUUCCCGCCAUCCAGGCAGCGAUUCGAUCGUAUCGCGCUUCUGAAUCUGCUGCAAGGGAUCUCAUAUCGACCAUCUGGAAUAUUCUGGAUCGUAAUCUCGAUGGUACAGCGAAUGUAGUAAACCUGUUAGUCGAAUCUCUCGAGGAGGACGACAAGAAGAGAGACCUCUUGGCUGCUUGGAAUGGAUUCAAGAUAGAGCAACGUGGUCAAUUUCCUGACCUUGUACCGACAUCCAUAGGCACACAAUGGGCAGGUGUAACGAGCGGUCGCGUUCUCAAUGCCAAGCACUCCACAUCUGCGCGCUUAUCAUCUCAAUCGUCACGGCAGGUGUGGGACCGCGUAGCCAAAGCUGCUGCGUCCUCCUCAGCACCUCCGCAGGGCCCAUCUCGUCCUCCAGAACGGUUUCCAUCUCUACAGCCCAGUGUUUCUUCAGGCGGAGUUGCACCCUUUCGCCAAUCACAGCGUGUUACUCCGUGGGCGGCUUCAGCUGCAAGCACCCUCGCACCCCCUCGAGGUCCAUCCUCAGUGCCUGGACCUGGCGCUAGUACAAGUAAAACUGCACCUGUCUUGUCGAAGUCCGCUUUCCCUGAGCUUCCGUCCUCGAACGUGCUGCGCGUUCCAAGAGCAGCAAUCAAGGGGAACCAGUCCCUAAAGAAUAUUCUUGGUGACUCGACGCCCGCCGUACCAGCAUGGAACAGCGUCACAAAUGCUAGUGGUACAGCAAGUCCCGGCGAAGGGGAUGUGGAGAGCAAUUCCACACCUCAGGAAUCUGGCACAGGUAAAGGCAAGAAAGGAAAGGGAAAGCAAAAACAAACGCUUUUCACUCUCGGCUCGUUCCCCUCGUAA